AGAUAUAUUUCGUCAUUCUUGAGCGAUAUUACAAAUAUGCCAGCCGAAAAUUUAGAAGAACAAGGUUUAUCAAAAAACCCUCGAUUAGAACUAGCACAAUUUAGGUUUAUCUUGUCAAAGCCUGAAUUUAAAGACAAUGGAUCGAUUAAAAAGCAAUUACUAGACGCUAUUACUGAAGAUAAUAUGGCACCUUUUUAUGAAUCGGUUUGCAACGAUCUGGGUUGGGAUAUUGAUACAACUCUAUUACAAAAAAUGAAAACGAAAAACGAAGAAGAUAUUAAAAAAUUAGAGAGUAAUAUUGAAGAUGCAGAGCAAAAUUUAGGAGAAUCAGAAGUAAGAGAAGCACUAACUGCCAAGGCUGAAUACAUUUGUAAAAUUGGAGAUAAAGAGGGGGCUCUGACUGCUUUUCAAAAGGCUGGCGAUAAAACAGUUACUCUAGGCUUAAAGUUGGAUCUAUGUUUUCAUCUGAUCCGUAUUGGGCUAUUCUAUAUGGAUCAUGAUUUGAUAAACCAGCAGGUUGAAAAAGCUACUUCGCUCAUUGAGGAGGGUGGUGACUGGGAUAGAAGAAAUAGAUUAAAAGUGUAUAAAGCUGUCUACAAAAUGUCCAUUAGGGACUUUCCCAAUGCCGCUAAAUUAUUUCUUGAUGCUGUUGCGACGUUUACAUCAUACGAAUUGAUGGAUUAUAAGCAAUUCGUCACAUACACUAUUCUAUGCUCUGUUAUUGCGCUUGAUAGGCCAGAUCUAAGGGAAAAAGUUAUUAAAGGUUCUGAAAUACAAGAAGUCCUACACUCUCUUCCAGACGUUAAGGAUUUUUUGUCAUCCCUUUAUGAGUGUCGUUAUGAUGAUUUUUUCAAAUGCCUUCUAUACGCCCAGCAAAUGAUGCUGAACGAUCGUCUCUUGUCAUCCCAUGCACAUUACUACGUAAGAGAAAUGAGAAUAAAAGCAUACUCCCAACUCUUGGAAAGCUAUCGGUCUUUGACUCUAAAGUAUAUGUCAGACGCUUUUGGUGUUGGUGAAGACUUUAUUGAUAGGGAAUUAUCACGCUUCAUUUCUCAAGGACGCUUGCACUGUAAGAUUGAUAAGGCAAAUGGAAUUGUUGAGACAAAUAGACCAGACAGCAAGAAUUGGCAAUAUCAGGCUACAAUAAAGCAAGGCGAUAUUCUACUAAACAGGAUGCAAAAAUUGAGUAGAGUCAUUAAUAUCUAAACAAGAUAAGUGUACAGUAAAUGACAUGUUUUUCAAAUGGUCAAAAUACAUUUCAAAGAUUUUUAUAUUAUGAA